AUGUCUUCCAUUCAGCAGCGCGGAUUAGGUGCGCUCUCCUACUCCGUGGCCAAACGCCUCUCCUCGCCCAGCGCUCAACACAGUGGACUGGUGCGUGAGAACCUUCCUCGUGUCCCGGUGCUCGUGGUGGCCACCCAGACGGACCAGCGUGAAUCCGGGCCUUACCGCGCCUCCUGCUCCUCCGCCGCCGAGGGCAAACGCCUCGCCCAGGACGUACGGGCCAAGGGAUACCUGGAGUGCUCGUCGCUAGGUAACCGCGGCGUGCAGCAAGUGUUCGAGUGUGCGGUGCGGACAGCGGUGAACCAGGCCAGGAAACGGACACGCCCACGGAUGUUUGAUAUCAACAGCUGCACGGUGUUCUGACCUCUGACCUUUGGGGGCCUAGGUUGGGGUGGUGGUCGGUGGAUACUGGAGCCUCUUACUACUGCUCUGAGAUCAGGUCUCGGGCCAGUGGCGACUCAGACUCGGACUCAACACCAGGGACUUGGGACUGGACUGGCGGCUUAGGGACUCGACUACAUCACUGUAUCUGACUUGAACUGUUAGAGGACCUCUCUGACCCCAGGACCUGUGGUUUUGGGGGAACUCGUGAACUAUUCGUUGUCCUCUCUGACCCCAGGACCUGUGGUUUUGGGGGAACUCGUGAACUAUUCGCUGUUCCUCCUCUGACCCCAGGACUCGUGGG